CACAUACAAGGAGCUUGCUAGAAGCAUGGACCUCAGUGAAAAGUGGGCUUUGGAGGAAGGAAACUGGUUGUCGCCUGGUGGAAUUCAUCAUUUUCCCAGCACAAGAGCAGACAGUGAGUUUGUGGACGCCUCCCCCGAGUCUUACAGCCCGGAGGAGUUAGCACCCGCUCCUGUCUCUUACAGCCCCAGCAGUCCUGUGCAAAUUCUAGAAGAUACCAGCUACUUUUUUUCGGACUUUCAGCUCUACUCUGGGAGGCAUGAAGCAUCUGCUUUGACGGUGGAGGCAAACAGUAGCAUCAGGGAAAAAGUUGAGGAUCCUCUUUGUAACUUCCACUCCCCAAACUUCCUGAGGAUCUCAGAGGUGGAAAUGAGAGGUUCCGAGGAUGCGGCAGCUGGAACAGUAUUACAGCGGCUGAUCCAGGAGCAACUGCGGUAUGGCACCCCCACCGAGAACAUGAACUUGCUAGCCAUUCAGCACCAGGCCACAGGGAGUGCAGGACCAGCUCACCCUACAAACAACUUUUCUUCCACGGAAAACCUCCCUCAAGAAGACCCACAAAUGGUCUACCAGUCAGCACGCCAAGAACCGCAGGGUCAGGAACACCAGGUGGACAAUACGGUGAUGGAGAAACAGGUCCGGUCCACACAGCCUCAGCAGAACAAUGAGGAACUGCCCACUUACGAGGAGGCCAAAGCCCAGUCACAGUUCUUCAGGGGGCAACAGCAGCAGCAGCAGCAACAGCAGCAGCAGCAGGGGCCAGUGAGCCACGGUUACUACAUGGCUGGGGGCACCAGUCAGAAGUCCCGCACUGAGGGGAGGCCCACGGUGAACCGUGCCAACAGUGGACAGGCUCAUAAGGACGAGGCGCUUAAAGAACUGAAGCAGGGCCAUGUCCGCUCUCUGAGUGAGAGAAUCAUGCAGCUGUCGUUGGAGAGGAAUGGUGCUAAGCAACACCUCCCCAGCUCAGGGAAUGGAAAGGGGUUCAAAGCAGGAGGUGGGCCCUCUCCCGCCCAGCCUGCUGCGAAAGUGCUAGACCCUCGUGGUCCUCCACCUGAGUAUCCCUUCAAGACCAAGCAAAUGAUGUCCCCAGUCAGCAAGAACCAGGAUCAUGGACUUUUCUACAGUGACCAGCACCCUGGGAUGCUCCACGAGAUGGUCAAGCCUUACCCUGCUCCUCAGCCUGCUAGAACAGAAGUGGCUGUGCUGAGGUACCAGCCACCCCCAGAGUAUGGGGUUACCAGCCGCCCAUGCCAACUUCCGUUCCCGUCGACCGUGCAGCAGCACAGCCCCAUGUCCUCUCAGACCUCCUCCGUCAGUGGGCCACUGCACUCUGUCUCCUUGCCACUUCCACUUCCGAUGACCUUGGCGGCUCCACAGCCCCCGCCUUCCGCCUCCCCCAGCCAGCAACUUGGUCCAGAUGCGUUUGCGAUUGUGGAGCGCGCCCAGCAAAUGGUGGAGAUACUAACUGAAGAGAACCGAGUGCUUCACCAGGAGCUUCAGGGUUACUACGACAAUGCCGACAAGCUCCACAAGUUUGAAAAAGAACUCCAGAGAAUUUCAGAAGCCUAUGAGAGUCUGGUGAAGUCCACUACCAAGCGAGAGUCGUUGGACAAGGCCAUGAGAAAUAAACUGGAAGGCGAGAUCAGAAGACUUCACGAUUUCAACAGAGACCUCCGAGAUCGACUGGAGACAGCCAACAGGCAGCUGUCUAGCAGGGAGUAUGAAGGACAUGAAGACAAAGCUACCGAGGGGCAUUAUGCUUCCCAGAACAAAGAGUUCUUAAAGGAAAAGGAGAAGUUAGAGAUGGAGUUAGCAGCUGUGCGCACUGCGAGUGAGGACCAUCGGAGACACAUUGAGAUCCUGGACCAGGCUUUGAGCAAUGCCCAGGCCAGAGUCAUCAAGCUGGAAGAGGAGCUGCGAGAGAAGCAAGCGUAUGUGGAGAAAGUUGAGAAGCUGCAACAGGCUCUGACCCAGCUGCAGUCCGCAUGUGAGAAGAGAGAGCAGAUGGAGCGCAGGCUGCGGACCUGGCUGGAGAGAGAGCUGGAUGCACUGAGGACCCAGCAGAAACAUGGAAAUGGCCAGCCAGCCAGCAUGCCAGAAUACAAUGCUCCGGCCCUCAUGGAACUCGUGCGGGAGAAGGAGGAGCGGAUCCUGGCCCUGGAGGCUGACAUGACCAAGUGGGAGCAGAAGUACCUGGAGGAGAGCACCAUCCGUCACUUUGCCAUGAGUGCUGCAGCCACUGCUGCAGCUGAGAGGGACACCACCAUCAUCAACCACUCAAGGAACGGCAGCUAUGGCGAGAGCUCACUGGAGGCCCACAUCUGGCAGGAGGAGGAGGAAGUGGUGCAGGCCAACAGGAGGUGUCAGGACAUGGAGUACACUAUUAAGAAUCUCCAUGCCAAAAUCAUCGAGAAGGAUGCCAUGAUUAAAGUCCUUCAGCAGCGAUCCCGUAAGGAUGCUGGGAAGACUGACUCCUCCAGCCUUCGGCCAGCCCGCUCUGUCCCGUCCAUUGCGGCGGCCUCUGGGGCACACUCCCGCCAGACCUCACUUACCAGCAACCAGCUGGCGGAAGAGAAGAAGGAAGAGAAGACCUGGAAAGGCAGCAUAGGUGAGCCCCCCUCCUCCUAGAAAGCAAGAUCACAC